AUGAAGGGCCCCCCAGGGAUGCCCCGCGCACCUGCGCUACCUGAGGGAGAUAAGCAGCGGUCACCGCACAGAGUCUCUUUAGAGCGUCUCUUCGGCUCUCCAGCGUUGCUCUACCCUUUGGGCCGUUUCCUGUCUCCCAGAGACUUGGUGCAUUUGUGCAGUUGUUGCCGCUGGCUGCAUCAGCAACAGCGGCAGCCGGGGGGCCUCCUGCAGGAGACUCUUGAAGAGGCGUUGCGUCGACACCUUCCCUCUCUCGCAGACAGACGGUUCCUCCUUGCUGAUGCUACAGACGCACACUUCGCUUCGAGACACGCCUCCCUCCCCCGGAGCUCCACUACCAGCACCGACGAGGCUGCAGCAGAACCAGCAUGCUCAAGCGCCGCUGCAGCAGCUGAGAGAAAGCGGAUCCGUCUGGAUGUUUCGUUAUGUCGGUGCCCUCAUUGCCUCCCGACAGCUGCCCUUCCGGAUAUAAGCCCCCCUCCUCAAGAGAUUGGAAUCUACUGCGGGGAUGCAGAUCUAGUGCUAAGGCUUCCAGACCUUACUCUCCAGCAGUUUGCUGCUUUCUUUCUUCGACUUCGGCAUAUUUGGAGGCGCAUGGCUAGCUGCUCUUACCGGCCUGCGGAGACGCUUACCAGGGCAACAGCACGAGUGCCAGACGCUCCAGGAGCCUCGGUACACCCCCUGGAAACAGCAGCAGCUGACACAGUGGCAGCAAGCACAGCAGCAGAAACAUACAGUACUGCAGCCUCUGCUAACAGGUGUUUGCUUCUGGCCUCAGAAACUGUAGGCCAUUCGACGGCUGCAACACCAAAGGCAGCAGCGCCUCCGGUUACUGCCGUAUGCCUGGGUGCCAUGACGUGGGACUACAAUGCCGCCUUUGAUUGGCUGACGAUCUCUCGAGGAGGGAGCUGGUGCUUCAUCGUACGCCGACAAGAAAAUAGCGUCUUCAUUUUACAGCUUGCCUUUGCACAGUGUGCUGAUGCUGCUCUCGCUGCUGCCGCACGAAACAGCGCAAAUGCAGCUACAAUUGACACCGUGGGCGCUCCUACACCAGCAGCAGAGGUAGCUUCUGCUGGACGGGCACCUGCUGGCACGGCCAUGCAGGAGCAGCAACUGCUUACGUCGUACGGCAUUUCGCCUGGUGGGGGCGGCCUUCUCGCCAGUGUCGGGGGCAGCUGCAGCGCCUUGCCUUUAGGUGAAAGAGCAUAUGUAUCGCUGCGGCUCACGCGUUUGCUGUCGCAAAGCUCAGUCGAGCGGCAGGAACGGCUAGCACAGCAGCAAGUACAACGCAUGGUGCUGGAGUCAGACUACGAAGAGAGACUGUGGGUAAGGGCUCAGCCGCAGCUGUGCGAAGAGGCUGGGCGGAUCAUCCUGCCCUGCCGGCAAAAACGGUUCGGGAAAAGCGUAUUUCUGCGCUCUGCGUACAAUGGCUAUAUUCUCCUCGUCUCGCAGUCUUACAUCGUGGCUCUCCCUCGCUUUUCUAUGGGGACAGAGCAGAGUGCCAGUGGUGCCACACACAAUGAUCAGCACCCAGGCCCUUUAGACAGUACGUCCUCAGCCAGAAGCAGAAGCAGCAGUGGCCGCAGCAGCGACGGCCUUAGCACCGCCAGCAUGGGCUCAACAAGGAGAGCUCCUCGUGGAGGUAGCGAUGGCGAAAACAGCAGAAAUGGCAGCGGCAGCGAGGGCACCAGGAGCAGUCGAAACAGCGAAGACGACGACACAUUCUCAGAUCUCUCUGGAGAAGAGGACUCGGGCUCUCAGCUUUGCGGCGCUGGCGUGUCGUGUGUAGACUGCCGCGAAGUGUCGCUAGCCACGUGCCGCCGCCUCUUUCGACUGCACGCCUCGCAGCAGCCGCAGCAAAGCCCGAGGAAGGAGCCACAGCAGCCAAAGCCUGAGCACAAGGCUACGGAUGCAGACGCACUCCACGGCGAGCCUCCCGUGCUGUUGAUUGCAGUGUCCCUUUCCCUCGGCAGCCUCCUCUUUGGAGUGCUUGCACCUGCAGGAACCCUACCCGCGCUGCAGCAGCAACAGCCACCUACCCUGCCGAUGUCUCUUCGAAAAAGGCCGUCGCGAGGCUUUACAACAGCCCAGGAUACCGUCAAUUCUUUGCGGCAACUCGCUGUGCCAGUCUGCCUGCCCCUAAGGGGCUACGGCAAGCUGAGAAAGAGAGAGAAAGAGGAAGACAGAGCCGCAGGUGGAGUGGCUGCUGCGGCUGCAGCGACCAGGGGGCCGGGCUUUACGGCCUUGAGACGGGAGAGCAGCUCCUCGGCAGUAGUACAGGCUUUCACGCUCUCGCUUCGCAUACUCCCAGCGGAGUGCCGCCUAGCUCCACCAUGCUGUAGGCUUCGCUGCCGCUACUCUGCAUUGCGAUCCUGA